AUGUUGCCGUGUGAUCCGGACGCGGUGAAUCGUACCGGCCUCGGUUUCGGCAACCCGUGCCAAGGCCAAGGUCUUAUUAGAGCGGCAAGCAGCUCGCGCAUCGCUGCUGAACGCAUUGAAGCCUCUGAUGAUGCGUUGUGUAAUGCGCCGGCGCACAGCCAGUUACGUUGCAUUACAAGCAACACGGACGAGAAUGAGGAAGUUUGUGUAUUCAAUUCCUACUGUUACACUUACUUGGCCCCGUUUAAUGUUGAUAAUUUUUAUCGUAUGAAAGUGUUGGAGCUUCUAGGGAGCUUUACGGGCCCUCGCUGUGAUAUUGCGCAGCAUUCGAUCCUGAAAACGUGUCCGAGGAAAGUUCACGGUCGCGCGUUGACGCCACCUGACACCCCCCACCACCCACAACCCACUACCCACCACCACACGAGAACGCUUCCGCGAACUACCACCUCGCCUCUCCUCAUAACUCCCUACAUCUUACGAUCAGAUAUUAUUAAGCAUUAUAUUAUAAUCGUGGCCACCAUGUCCUUGGCGCGUUCGUUGGCCGCGCGGCUCGUGUAUUAUCGCGAUAAUUUCGGCGUUAGCGCGCCUCAGUCUACUGACCCCGUGGUUGUUUGCGACGCAAAUGAUCCUUGA